AAAACAGGGCUGCUCAGCCUGAAGCAAUGGUGCACACAGGAGGGUCAAUAAGCUUCGGGCAACACAAAAAAGCUAUGGAGGCACAAGAGAAUCGUCCUGUUUCUUAUCGUGAAGUGUAUAACAAAGUUCACAAAAAAAAUGAUGGUGAAUUUGUCUCAACUAGGGCAAAGAAAUUUAUUGAAACAUAUGAAGAAUCAAUGACACAAAAAUAUGGAGAAGACACUUCUUCUCAUCCUGUAAUUGAUUCUGAUCUUUGGUUAAAAGCUGCAGGUGAAAACAAGAAGAAAAGAGUGCAUGGCAUGGGACAUAGCUUGGAUCUUGGAACUAGUAGCUCUACCCAAGCUUCAUCUCCAGAGGUUGCAGGUGCCUCUACAAAUCUUACGCCUAUGACAGAAGAACGGGUCACUGCAGUUAUAAAUAAUGCAUUGGCCUCUUUUUUGCAAACACAAUUACCAGAGAUGAUGAGGCAAAUAAUUCAAGUAGUUCAACCAUCAACAACACCAUCAGCCAACCAACAUAGGGAGGAUCAAGGACGAGAUGAUGAUUUUACUAGCUUAGGUUGAUUACUAUUUAGGAUGACUUGUUAUUUGGAUUUUCUUUUUGUAAGACAUUAAUUAGUUUAGGUUUCUUUAAGAUAGUAUGCAAAAGUUAGAUUUUGUAAGACAUUUAACAAUUUGGUUUUGUAAGAGAUAUUGUUACAUGUAACUUUUAUUUUAAAUCAUGUUGAAUUGAAAAAAAAUUAUGUAGUUGA